AGUUACAACGAAGGAGACGACACUCCGAUGUGGAGUAAUGGCAACUCGCCAGUCACAAUCAGCGCAAUUAGACAACGUUUACUUGCGAAAUUUACUCAAAGAUGCAGAGUUCGAUGGGAAUCACGUAGAGGUAAAGGAAAUCGAAGAGAGGAUCACGAGCUGGGUGAAAGAAAUGUCCAACUAUAUCGGUCGCAAAAAUCCACUCUUCAAGAAUACAGUUAUACCUAGCGGUAGCUACUUCGAAGAUCUCAAAGCAGAAGGCCCUGAUGAAUUCGACUUCAUGAUUUGUCUGGAUGACUUGUCUGAACCGGGAGUUUGUGUUAUAAAAGAAAUUCCGCUCCGACCGGUUCCUGAUCCUGGAUACGUCCAUGUUCAAAUCGAUAGCGAGGUAGUUCGCCAGCGAUAUCGGCGUUACAUUUCAAAGCGAGGAAAUCUGAAGCCAGAUGCCCUCUUGAAGAGCUCUAGAGACCUCAUAGAGAAAGCUAUAAAGUACAGGAGGCGUCGGCCAAUUGAAAAGAUUGCCGAAAGUGUCAGAGUUGAGCUUAGAAAGAUUCCUGUUACUAUUAAGUUGAGAUGGAAGGGAACGGUAUACCCUAACUAUGAAAUUUCCUUGGACUUAACUUUGUGUAUCAAGGGGAGUGGAUGGCCAAAUGCGUCGGAUAUAAGAAGAAGAGUGGGUAGAGGACAUCCAGGGUACGGCUACUUCAAGGAAGCUCGUAAGGGGGGUUAUCAUCUCGUUGCUUCAACGAUUGGAGAGUCGGGACGACACAGGCCUUGUUGGCGUUUAUCGUUUUCAGUUGCUGAGGGAAUUGUUUUGAAGAGUAUCUUUAAGAAUCCAAGACUCAUUCAUAAAGCGACGCUGAAGGUCCUAAAAGUUCUACGAAAGAAACACGAGCACUGUUUACGCCUCUUUGAAGCUUCGGACGGUUCUUAUAGAAUACAGUGGGCUUUUCAUUCGUAUGUACUGAAAACAAUGUUUCUUCACGAAUGGUGUGAAUUUCCGGAAGAUUCGUUUUGGGGCAGGGAUCAGCUUCAAAGUAGAGUCAAAGAUAACCUGACAAGGAUUGAACGUAGUCUUAAAGACAGAGACAUCCGCAGUUUUUGGGUUCCAGAUUACAAACUUUUUAAUUUUCGGGCUAGAAACCCGACCGAGACACAAUCUUGUGAGGAAAACCUUUCGCGCCUUAUCGAAAUACUGACAAUCAGUCAGCCGUUAAACCAAAUAAACGUUUAGUGACUAUUUCCUGUUUCUUGGUGGCUUUCGUUGCGCUCGAUGAUAGCAAUAUAUUAAUGUAUCUUUCAAGUCUGAAUUGCGCAAAGAAGUCACACGAAUUCAAAUAACGUAGCUGAUCUUUUAGCCCUACUUUGAUUCAGAACCUAAUCUUUGAAAUACGAUAUGAUAUUAUAAUUAUCAAUUGUGAUUACAA